CAGUUCCUGAACAUCUUGCUCUCACCUUCAACUCACUCCGCCACUCUUUCAUAAUGGAGAGCUUUGAAGCAAUCUACCUGGAUCUCUCCAAGCAGGCCGGCAAAUGUCGGUUCAACGACGCCGGCAUGGGCUGGAGGCCCUCUGGUGGCGGCGAUACUUUUACGCUUGAUGCAAGCAACAUCGGCUCGGCCCAGUGGAGUCGCGCGGCCAGAGGAUAUGAGCUUAAAGUGCUGUCUCGAACAGCAGGUGUCAUUCAGCUUGACGGUUUUCAGCAAGAGGACUUUGAGCGGCUGAGCAAGACAUUCAAACACUGGUACAGUGUCAAUCUCGAAAAUAAGGAGCAUGCCCUACGUGGAUGGAAUUGGGGCAAGGGAGAAUUCGGCAAGGCCGAAUUGACAUUCAACGUUCAGAACCGUCCUGCUUUUGAGAUUCCCUACUCGGAAAUCUCCAACACUAAUUUAGCUGGCAAGAAUGAGGUGGCGGUCGAAUUCUCGAAUCCUUCCGACUCCGGUACGAAUGGCCACUUGGGAGGCGCCCGAGGGCGGGGCAGUAAGGCUGGCGCAGGCGUCGACGAGUUGGUAGAGAUGCGAUUCUAUAUCCCCGGCACGACAAUGACAAAGAAGGAGAAGGACGGUGAAGAUGGCGAGGUUGCUGGUGAAGAGGAAGAGGAAGAGCAGAAUGCCGCAAAUCUCUUCUACGAUACUUUGAUGGAGAAGGCCGAGAUUGGCGAGGUUGCUGGUGAUACCUUUGCCACUUUCUUGGAUGUUCUCCAUCUCACACCCAGAGGACGUUUCGAUAUUGACAUGUACGAAAACUCGUUCCGUCUCCGUGGAAAGACAUACGACUACAAGAUCCAAUACGAAAACAUCAAAAAGUUCCUCCUUCUCCCGAAGCCCGACGAUCUCCACACCCUUAUUACCAUUGGCCUGGAUCCGCCCCUGCGACAAGGUCAGACGAGAUAUCCCUUCCUUGUCAUGCAGUUCAAGCGUGAGGAGGAGGUUACUAUCGACCUGAACAUGACCGAGGAGCUGCUCGAAAAAAAUUACAGCGGCAAGCUUCAGCCGCACUACGAGAGUCCCAUCCAUGCGGUCAUCGCCCAAGUCUUCCGCGGCUUGUCCGGCAAGAAGGUCGUCACACCUUCCAAGGACUUUGUCAGCCACCACCAGCAAUCUGGAGUCAAGUGCUCGAUCAAGGCCAACGAAGGACACCUGUUCUGUCUUGACAAGAGUUUCAUGUUCGUCCCUAAGCCAGCAACGUACAUUUCUUUUGAGAACAUUGCCAGCAUCACCAUGUCCCGUGUCGGCGGUGCCAUCUCCGCCAGUCGCACAUUCGACAUCACCGUCACCCUCAAGGGCGGCGCUGGUGAGCACCAGUUCAGCAACAUCAAUCGUGAGGAGCAGCAACCUCUCGAGGAAUUUUUCAAGGCCAAGGGUCUACGAACAAAGAAUGAAAUGGCCGAUGACUCGAGUGCACUCAUCGCAGCUGCUCUCAAGGAAGAAGACAUGCUCUCCAGCGACGAAGACGUCGUUGGUGCCCGCGCCGACCGUGGCAGCGCCGACGAAGACGAGGAGAGUGUCGACGAAGACUUCCACGCCUCCUCCGAGUCUGACGUUGCGGAAGAAUACGACUCUGCCCAUGAAAGUAGCGGCAGCGGAAGUGAUGCCGAGAUGGACGAUGCCGAGGACGCCUCUGAUGCCGAAGAGGAAGAAGAAGAAACAGCGCGACCAAAGAAGAAGAGCAAGACUGACAGGUGAAGGUGAAAUUGGUCUCUCACUGCCUUUUCAUCAUCAUUUUCAUCGUCCCUUUUUUUCAACCAUUUCUUUUUCUCGAGCGGUUCAUUCUCAUCUUCCCGACUGUGUAUUUUUCCAACUUUUCCUUUGCCAUUCUUUUCUUUCCCCUUUUCAUUAGGCCUUUCUCUUUCUCUAUUUCUCAAGUGAGAUCUGGUUUUUUUUAUUACUCUGGUGAAUCUCACUACGGCGUCACCUCAGGUUCUCUUUUAAAAAAUGGUAGUCUUCAUCUCCUGUUUUAUACUAUUUUUAGGGUAACAUUUCACAAUUCCAUCGACU